AUGACCCUCGCUACCGAGUUUGCUGAAACCACGCGGAGACUGGUCACCCAGGCCGACAUGAAGAAGCGGGUGCUCCACCUCUACCGCAAGUACGUCCGCUACUCGAAGGCCAUCCAGGACUUGUACGAAUUGGACAUGCCCGUGGCCCUGGUCAAGACCAAGAUCAGACAAGAAUUUGAAAGACAGAGAUUCGUCGAGGACUUGGGGGUGCAAAACAUGUUGUACGCCAAGGGCCAGAUGGAGUUCCAAGAAUUGAUCAACUUCUGGAAGCAACAGUGCCACGUGAUGAAGUACUUCGACGGCCCCUCGGCGGGUGUCGUCAACAAGAACGACUUCAUCACCGGGUUCUUGAAGAGCAACUAG